CUUUUUUUACAUCAGGGGUCUCAAUAAGUCCCCUUCACCGAAGUUUUCCAAUUAUUCCGAUUGAUGAAAACAUUCACCAGAGGGAAACGAAAUGCGUAAAGACGCAACAUAAACCGUUAUUAUGACCAUGAACGGCUAAAGAGGACAUUUUGCAUGAGAGCAGACUGUUUGUUUGUGUUUAUAGGGAUCGGACAUCUCUCUACUUCUCUCUCCCCCGUAGCCUCCUGUGUAGACUUAACAUAACGAUACACACUGAGACAGCAGCACUGAACCAGACGGCCGAAGAGCCUCUCCGAUUUGAGCGUGCCAAGUGAAGGGAAAGCAAAACAUGGCUGGUUUAAUGGCAGGUUUUGGUCAUUACACCCACGCCGUCGUCCGGGGAAUCCCCGCGUCCCUGGCCAAAGAAGCGCUCCGGAGCAGCCAGUCGGAGGUGAACCUCACCAAGGCGCAGAAGGAGCACGAGGCGUACGUCGAGGUCCUGAGGACGAGGCUCGGGCUGGAGGUGGUCGAGCUCCCCGCGGACGAGUCGCUCCCGGACUGCGUGUUCGUGGAGGACGCGGCCGUGGUGUGCGGUGACACGGCGCUCAUCACCAGACCCGGGGCAGAGAGCAGGAGGAGAGAGACGGAGGUCAUGAAAGGAGCUCUGAAGGAUCUGAGUCUCAACAUUGUGGAAAUGACUGACGAGAACGCCACACUGGAUGGAGGAGAUGUGCUCUUUACAGGUCGAGAGUUCUUCGUGGGUCUUUCCAAACGGACCAAUCAGAGAGGAGCAGAGAUCCUGGCAGAUGCUUUUAAGGACUACGCUGUGUCUACUGUGCCUGUGCUGGAUGGGCUGCACCUGAAAAGCUUCUGCAGCAUGGGGGGACCAGGCCUGAUUGUCAUCGGCUCCAGUGAACCAGCACAGAAAGCCCUAAAGAUCAUGCAGCAGAUGAGUGACCAUCGCUAUGACAAACUGACAGUGCCUGAUGACCUCGCUGCCAACUGCGUCUACAUGAACCUGCCUAAUAAGGGACAUGUGCUCCUGCACUGCACGGCAGAUGAGUUUCCAGAGAGUGCAAAGGUGUUCGAGAAGUUGAAGGACCACAUGCUGAUCCCUGUGUCCAACAUGGAGAAGGUCAAAGUGGAUGGAGCCCUCACAUGCUGCUCUGUGCUCAUCAACAAGAAGGGCAACAUCUGAGCUCGCUCAGCAGGGGGUCCCAGUGCACGGCAACCAGGCACAGCUUGUAUCCAAUCACCAAGGAUCCCGAGGUUUGACAAAACUAUCUUGGUACUUAGAGGAGGGAUAACUUUAGGGCAAGUUGGUUGAUGCUGAGGGACAAAGAAAAUAUAAACUUUUCCCCAAAAACAUCAAAUCACAUUAAAAUCUCUUAAAAAGUGUGCAAAUAGUUCAGGUGGCAUAAAACACGAUUAGUUACAUGUUUUCUAUGUCUCUAUAAAAAUUAGGAUAUUGCAUAAAAUUUGUCUUAUUUUGUUCUUGAUUUGGAUUUAUUCUAACAUUUCCUACAAAAAGCUGAAUAAGAGGCAAAAGAACAGACCCAUGUUGAGCCAUAUGUUCCUGAUAGUAUUUGUUCUUGUCUGCAAAUAAUUAAAAUGUUAUUUACAAAUCUUAUUCUAAUUAACUAAUUACCCCGGGCGCCCCUGCUUGUGUGUAGACCAAUCCUUGCACUGGACCAAGAAAAUUAGAUGGAUCUGUUUGAUAAAUAGUUUUUGUUGCCAUUGAAAAGUCUUACCAAUGUUGCACUGCAAAUUUAUAAAUUACACAACUGACAGACAUCUACAAUGAAAAAUGUAUACAGUUAGUUUUUACUGUUUACAUGCACCCGUUUUAACUGUGACUUAAUUUUUGUGUGUUUGGUUACAUAAUGCAAAUGGGUCUCAGUUUGUGAUUCUUUUUUCAAGAACUGUAUUUAGGUAAGGUGUAGGAUGGAGGAAACAAAUCCUGCUACUGCUGUAAUAUGAAAACCUUAAUGUCACUGUUGCUAAUUAACAGCUUUUAAACUUGUUUGUUGAAUUCCUGCUGUUUUUUUUUUUUGUUUUUUUUUUAAAGUUGGUGCUGAGGUAAAUUUCAUGAUCGUCCUUUAUUUUAAAGCCACUAACAAACCAUUAUGUAUUUUAGAAAGAGCAUCUAUCGGGAUGAUUUGAUUUCUUAUUCUGAAAAUGCAGUUCUUGAAAAUCCUGCUGGAGACAUGAGCUUUUGGUAUGAUCACAUGAUCAGUGUUAUGGUUUUUUGUGAUUUGUUAUGAUUUUGUGAUUGAUAUUGAAAGUACUGCCAUUGAGACCUGAGGUGCUCUUACCUUUCAUGACUAUUGUUUACUCAUCAUUGCCAUUGAUUGUAGAGUACUGGAGAAAAUACUUUUGACUCAUCCUUAACACUUGCCACAAGCUAGAGAAGCUAACAGUAGCCUGUUCAUUUAUUCUACGAGAACCAUCUGUGGCCAUUUUGCUGCAGCGCUCUUGCUUCCCUCCUGGUAAACAUUUCUUAUUUGUGGAGAUGCAAGCUCAAUCAUCUGUGCCAACCUGCAGAGGACAGAUAAAAGCCUCCUGUGUAGGAAAUGGAUGUUUUCAUUAUUAUAAGGUGAACUAAGCUUUUCAUUGAUUCCAACAUAACACCUCUGCUCCUUUUAAUGUGCAAUGCCUGUAUGGAAAAUCUGUGACUUUUGCUCCUGCUGAAUGAAUCUGAAGGCCCUGUAGUUUUCUCACAUCAUCGGUUCUGCCUGUGUUGUCGAUUAUCUGGUUCCCUUUUUUUUUUCCUGUCGGGUAGUUUUUACUCUAAAACUGACUUAAAGCAUGCUGUGAAGCUGAUGUCGGUUCCACUAAAUCUAGUAGCACCAAAUGUGACUGCAGUGAGAGAGUUUGCACUCAGCAUGCAGAACAAGCUAGCUGCCCGGUUGGUGUGUUUCCAUGUGUGUUAACGAUGGUAGCUGCCAGCAGGCGUUAAAAGGAUGUUGAUUAGCUCUGUUGUAGUGGCCUUGUGUCUGUUAUUGCAGAAUUCAUGCUUGAGGCCUGCACACAUGACAACACAGCACAUCUCUAGUGUAAAUACAUUAUAUACUGUAUGUUAAAGCCCAUCGCAUUUGAAACUAUGUUGUUUCUCUUAGUGAUUGUAAGUGAAAGUUAAGGAAAUGACAUCAGGAGGUGAUUCAACCUCCCUCCAUAGACAUUUGCGUAUGGGCAAGUGGGCAGUGAUGAAACAUGGAAAGAAUUCCUGUUGGGAGGAGAGGCUUGUACGCCAGUAAACACUGACUCUCUUAAACUUCUCUUUCUCUCUCUUGACUGUCUCACUCUCAACAUUCGCUUUCUCCCACACUCUGCUAUUGCCUCAUAGAUGAUUCUGGGCUAAUUUAUGGCCAUGAUAUCAUACAGUCUGGCAAACACUGUAGAUGUGAUGGCCUGCCAUUAAAGUGUGACACUAGUAGUAUAUUUUACAGAGGGCGGCUAACGGGAUGCAGGGUGAUAGCAUAGUUGCAAAGCAUCCAGUUCUUAUCCUCAUGUAGUUACUACAGGAGGCUGAGCAAGGCAGGACCAGUCAUACACUGUCUGAUCACUACACUGCAGCUAUUGGGUUUUAGGCAAGUAAAGUCAUUUCAUUUAAGAUUGUCAUCAUCUCUCACACUGCUCCAAACCACUUCUUUGUUGUUCAGCUCUGAGACACUGUAACCUUUUCCUACUGCUGAUUUUAAAUCAAAUAACAUUUAAUACAUUUUUGGUUCUUGGCUGGCAAAGCUGCAUGUGAGUAACUGCUCCUGACUUUGUUGAAGGUUGUUUAUCCUCUUACUAAUCCCCUCAUUCAUCCCAGUAGUCAUGAUGUUGUGAUUGCCCAUGUUCCAACUCAGGUCUCUUGGUUUUCAUACAAGUUGUGAGUAAUAAUUCUUUGAGUCAUGUUAAAUUGAGCCUUUCGUCUACUUUGUGUAAUAAAUUAACAUCUAGCAUUCAGCUGUGUU